AAUCUUCAUAUGUUGACAGAUCUGUGUCUGCUGAUGAUAGUGAACUCAAUGUUGAAUCAUUGAUCAAGAAUCUGAAAAACAUGAUAAUGAAGAAAUUGUCUGUGUCAUGUGUGACUGAGUCUCUUACAUUUCUCUCUGCUCUUUCUAUUUCUUUCUCUGCCACUCUCUCUCAAUCUUCUACAUCUGCCUCUGUAUCUGAUUCUCUCACUCUCACUAUUUCUGUUUCUGUGACUCUCACUUCUGCUACUUCUGCCCUCUCUGGUUUUACUGUCUCUGCUUUUGUUAUCAGCUCUCCCUGUUUCAAGAAGAUGUUGUAUAAACUUGAUAAAUCAUUUGCUUUGAUAUCAGAGAUCAUUCUAAUUAAAGAUGAUAAUAUUGCUGAGACUACUUCUCUCUAUUCUCAAGCUUCUUCUAUUACUUUCUCUCUCUUCUCUGUGAGAAAGGUUAUACACACACUGA